GCCGUUUAACCAUCUGUGCAGAAUUAAGUUUAUGUUUGAAUGCAUCUUUAUAUAACAGUCGAGAACAAGAGAACACUACUAUACGUAUAGCAACUGCUGCAGAAGAAAAAUAUUGUAAAAUGAAGAGUUUACAGUCGUAUUUUCAGUCUUAUCCUUUACGAACAAACCUUAACACUGGUUAUAAUUCUUUGAGGAUUUUGAGAUUUCUUUUCCCGGGUUUGAUGAUCGCUUCAGUGAGUGUCAUUGCUCUUUACUUCGCAUCUACUAACAGAUCAUUUAACAUGGAGAGGGUCAAGUUUUCAGAAUCACAAGGUGAUAAUAUUGGAGAAAUGGACUCACAGGAGAUAGCUACAAUUGGAGAAAUAGACGCCCAGGAGAGAGAUAAUAAUGGAGAAAUGGACUCCCAGGAGAGAGAUAAUAUUGGAGAUAUGGACGCCCAGGAGAGAGAUAAUAAUGGAGAUAUGGACGCACAGGAGAGAGAUAAUAUUGGAGAUAUGGACGCACAGGAGAGAGAUAAUAUUGGAGAUAUGGACGCACAGGAGAGAGAUGAUAUUGGAGAUAUGAGUGCCCAGCAGAGAGAUAAAAUUGUGAAUGAGAAAGAAAGUGUGAAUGAGGAGGAGAAUGUGAAUAAAGAAGAAAAUGUGAAUGAGGAGGAAGAUGUGAAAAAAGAGGAAAAUGUGAAUAAAGAGGAAAAUGUGAAUAAAGAGGAAAAUGUGAAUGACGAGGAAAAUGUGAAUGAGGGGGAAGAUGUGAAAAAAGAGGAAAAUGUAAAUAAUGAGAAAAAUGUGCAUAAAGAUGAAAAUAUGAAUAAAGAAGAAAAAGUGAAUAAAGAGGAAAAUGUGAAUGAGGGGGAAGAUGUGAAAAAAGAGGAAAAUGUGAAUAAAGAUGAAAAUGUGAAUAAAGAGGAAAAACUGAAUAAAGAGGAAAAUGUGAAUAAAGAGGAAAAUGUAAAUAAAGAGGAAAAUGUGAAUGACGAGGAAAAUGUGAAUGACGAGGAAAAUGUGAAUGACGAGGAAAAUGUGAAUAAAGAGGAAAAUGUGAAUAAAGAGGAAAAUGUGAUUAAAGAGGAAAAUGUGAAUAAAGAGAAAAAUGUGGAUAAAAAUGAAAAUGUUAAUAAAGAGGAAAAUGUGAAUAAAGAAGAAAAUGUGAAUAAAGAGAAAAAGUUGAAUGAUAAUGAGGAAAAUGACAAAGAAGAGAAUGAUAAGGAGGAGAAUGACAAGGAGGAGAAUGACAAGGAGGAGAAUGAUAAUGAGGAGAAUGACAAGGAGGAGAAUGAUAAGGAGAAGAAUGAUAAUGAGGAGAAUGAUAAGGAGGAGAAUGAUAAGGAGGAGAAUGAUGAUGAGAAGAAUGACAAUGAGAAGAAUGACAAGGAGGAGAAUGAUAAUGAGGAGAAUGAUAAGGAGGAGAAUGAUAAGGAGGAGAAUGAUAAGGAGAAGAAUGACAAUGAGAAAAAUGACAAGGAAGAGAAUGAUAAGGAGAAGAAUGAUAAUGAGGAGAAUGAUAAGGAGGAGAAUGAUAAGGAGGAGAAUGAUAAGGAGGAGAAUGAUAAGGAGGAGAAUGAUGAUGAGAAGAAUGACAAUGAGAAGAAUGACAAGGAGGAGGAUGAUAAUGAGGACAAUGAUAAGGAGGAGAAUGACAAGGAGGAGAAUGGCAAGAAGGAGAAUGGCAAGGAGGAGAAUGAUGAUGAGAAGAAUGACAAGGAGGAGGAUGACAAGGAGGAGGAUGAUAAUGAGAAUGACAAGGAGGAGAAUGGCAAGGAGGAGAAUGACAAGGAGGAGAAUGACAAGGAGGAGAAUGGCAAGGAGGAGAAUGACAAGGAGGAGAAUGACAAGGAGGAGGAUGAUAAUGAGGAGAAUGACAAUAAGGAGAAUGAUAAACACACGCGGAUUUAACGGUUCGGUCCUUGUCCCAGACAACUCCUUGAGUAUAAAAACAAUCAAUAACCAUAGAUAAAUUAAAAUAACAGAUAGGACUCUAGAUAUGUCGUCUUUUUAAGAUUUAUGUGUGACCCUGAGGCAGAAGCCCAAAGGAGUUGCACAUAGUCAGCACAGAACACAUUCUCUCUGUCUGGUUUAACGCCGACAGAGCUAAACUCCUUUGAGCUUCUGCCUCAGGGUUAUUGAAUACGAAACACACAUGAAUCUGAAAAAGACGACAUCCCAUAUGUUAUUUUAAUUGAUCUAUGCCAACUAAUGAUUGAAUUCAAAUUAUAGAAAAAAAACCGGGGUUAAGGAGAACACGAAUGGAGAGAAAUAAAUCACAUAUUAGAAUUGUGCCAAGAAGCAAAAUAAAUAAGCAUGGACAAACAUAACUGUUGCCAAUUCCCAGGGUGUCCCACGAAACAUGUCAGUAGCAAGACGAAUUGAAGGUCGUCUUUGAUCUUUAAAAUAAUUUGCGGCAUUUAAUUGUAAACCCAAGUUUAGAAGUAAAUUUCUAGAGAGUUAACAAUCACAAAAUUUUCCUAGCUUUGGCAUUUCCAAAAUGUGGUCUGCCUUCUUUUACUUUCAAUAUUACCGGAGAUACGAGUUCAUUUCAGAUUUCGACAAUAUAUUAAUGGUUUUAUUUAAAAAAAGUGAAGUCUCAACGAAAUUCUUAGUCUCCGGUCAUAUAGACAGCACAAAAAAGGCCGACCAGAGUAUGGAAAUGCCCGGACUAAGAGUAUUAAGUGGUUAUUAGCUCGAGAAUUUUAAAAAUCAUACAUGUCAAAGUUGGUUUACGACUGAAUGUCACAAAUAAAUUCUAAGAUCUAAGACGGCUUUCAAGUUGUCCUUCCCACUUUUAUGUGCCGUGACUUUUCUCUUAAUCUAUUUUUGCUUAUUAUUGCAAUUUGUGAUUUGUAAUUUGUAAUUUGUAAUUUGUAAUU